AUGGAUUAAAAUUAUAACAAUAUACUUAAAUAAAAGAAACAAUACACUAUUUUGGUUUUGUCUAUAAUAUUUUUAUUUGUGAUCAUCCUUGCUUUUGGAGAUUUAAAAGGAUUAUUUGGAAAAAGAGCAAUUAUAGCUUUAAUCAUUCUUUUCACUUCCUCAUUAUAUUUUAUAUGGAAGGAUGAGUUGAAAGCAAAAGGCUUUUAAUUUGGAUUUAGAAGAUCCAAAGGAAUUAACUCUCAGCCAAAAUUCCCUUUUCGCCAACAAAAUAGUAGUGGAAUCAAAUAAAAUAGCAAAUUAUCAACACCUUAGCAUACUUACCAGAAAGAUCAAAGUUUAAAUAGUGGAUCUCAACAAAAAAAUAUUGUUGUUGAAAAGAAUCAAGGAUUAAAUAACUCUUUCUUACAAUCAUAAAAUAGAUUAUCAGGAUAGCAAGAAAAUUAAAUCUACAUGAGAUAUCCAUCUGAUAGCUUCUCUUAAAGAAAUUUUGAGUCAAGGCAUGAUAGCUUAUACAACUAAAAUUAACAUGGAAAUAAAAAGGAAAUAUAAUCUAGAAAAAUUACUGAAGUUAGAAAGUGGGGAAAUAAAGGAUAGAAUGAUUAAAAUGGCUUAUUAGGUGUUGCAUCAUAGAAAAAGCAGAUUUCUCAAACAUUUUAAAUUAAUGAAAGUGUAAAUAACGAGGAAAAUAAAUAUUAAAAGAGGAAAUCAGAAAGACUGAACUAAUCAGAUAAAACAAGAUCAGAUAGAGAAGCUCUCUUUGAAUUGACUUUAAAGAAGCAAAAUGAAUUUUAAACCAAUGAGCAAUUUAUGAAUGCAAUUUAAAAAUCAAAAAUAUAUUGCUUCCAUAUAAUAAAAGAAAGAGUUUCAACUUAGCUUAAAAACAUUCUAGAGAUAAAUAAGCUACUUUUUGAAUAAUUUAAUUUAAUUCUAAUGGAGGCAGAACUAGCCUAAAAUACAAUUUAAGAGCUUGAAAAUAGAUUCGACCUAAUCAACUCUGAUAAAAGAAGGGUAACAAUAGAUGAUUUAUACAGCUUUAAAAAUACCUUCUAAAGAUAGAAGCAUUCUAUUUGGCAUCUUCCAUACGAUCAUCAAAUAAAUUUAGAGCUCAUUAAUCAGCUUAUUGAAAUGAUUGAAAGUAGAGAAGAAUUAGAUACUGUUUUAGAAGUUAGAGGAUAUGAUUUCUUUGAAAUUAGAACUCAUGUUUUAACAAGAUUGUUUUACAUGUAUAAUACACAAGAUUGUGAUGAUGAUUAAAAAAAGCAAAUCCAAGACAAAUACCCUGCUGAUAUAGAAAUAGUAGCCCACUGCUUAUUCUUGAAUAUAAAUGAGAUAUGCUCAUAAUAAAAAGACUUGUCACCUUGCAAGAUAGAUAAAUUCGACAUUUAGAGCGAAAACUAGAUUAUUCCCGUACAUGGAGUAUAAAUUGAAAGAUUUUUCUUCUUAGUAUGUAACAAAAUUAAUUUUGAACCAUACUACAUUCUUCAAGUAGGAAGUGAUGUAUUUUACACUGCACAGGUUAAUAUUCAUAUUAAACAGAAUUUCCAUGAAAUUUAUUAUUUAUUAAAUACUUAAUAGGGCCCUCUAAGUUUCUUCUGUGCUUUAGUAUUUUAUUUUAUGUAUUUGAAAAACAACGUUUUUCACACUCUUUCUCAAUCAGAGUGCAAAGAAAUAUUAGAAUCUCCAGCUAAGUAUAUUCUAAACUACGAAAACGAAUACCGCAAAGGACUUGACCGUUACUAUAUUUGA